AUGUUAAAACUAAGAAUUAAAGAAGACACAAAGCCGGUAGCAUUAAAAGCGAGACAUUUACCUUUUGCAUUAGCGAGUAAGGUAGAAGACGAAUUAAAAAGGUUAGUUUCGUUAGGUCAUCUUGAGAAGAUUGACGUUAGCGAAUGGGCGACACCGAUCGUACCAGUAAUAAAAGCGGACGGAUCAGUUAGAAUCUGUGGCAAUUUCAAAUUGACCUUAAAUUCUUGGUUAAUAAAAAACAGACACCCGAUACCUUUGAUCGACGAGAUUUUUAUAGCGUUAAGAAAUGGCAAAACGUUUUCACAGAUUGAUCUCCAGCAUGCUUACAUGCAAAUACCAGUAGAAGAAAGCAGCCGGGAUUACUUAACUAUUAUAACGCAUAAAGGUCUCUACAGAUACACAAAAAUGACGGAAGGUAUAGCGUCGGGUCCGGGAGAUUUCCAACAGAAAAUUGAACAAUGUAUAGCGGGAAUUGAAGGCGUAAUUGCGUAUCUUGAUAACAUAUACUGCACGGGAAAAGAUGACGAAGGUCAUCUGAAAGCGUUAUGCACGGUAUUUGAAAGACUUGAGCAAUGUGGCUUUCAUGUAAAUAUAAAUAAGUGUGAGUUUUUCAAAGAGAAAUUAGAUAUAUUGGGGUUUGUUAUUGAUAGAAACGGGCUACAUAAAUCGCAAACAAAAGUAAAGGCAAUGACACACACCCCAAUUCCAAAGGGGAAAAAGCAACUAGAAUCCUUUAUGGGUCUGAUUACAUAUUACGCGAGAUUCCUACCGAAUAGAGCUGAAAAGUUAAAACCACUUUAUGAUUGUGCAAAGCUCGAAACUUUCAAAUGGACGGCAGAUUGUCAGAAAGCGGUUGACUGGGUGAAAGAAGAAUUGACUUCACCGCGGGUACUAGCACAUUAUGAUCCGAACGAAGAGUUGAUUUUAUCCUGCGAUGCUUCUACAUAUGGCUUAGGCGCGAUACUUUCGCAUCGGUACAAGGACGGGACAGAGAAGCCAAUAGCGUUUGCAUCAAAAGUUAUUCCGGAAAACGAGUUAAGUCGUGCGAUUAUUGAUAAGGAGGCAAGUGCAAUUGUGUUUGGAUUCAAGAAAUUUUACAAUUAUGUCUACGGAAAAGACAUUACGUUAAGGACAGAUCAUAAACCUUUAGUUUAUAUCUUCGGCCCGAAACAAGAAAUUCCAUUAACGGUAGCCAGCCGAUUACAAAGGUGGGCAUAUUUCUUAUCUAGAUUUACAUAUAAGAUAGAGUAUAUAAAAUCACAGGAAAAUAGUAACUGUGAUGCACUCUCGAGACUUCCAAUCAAUGACAGCACGCCGAUAUUUGAGAACGAGUUCACAGCGAUAAAUUACGUAGCGGAAUCGUUAAACACGAUAACUGCGAGAGAAAUUGCGAUAGGGACAAAGAAGGAUAAACGGUUGAGUAACAUAAUUCGAUACAUAAAGGGUGCAUGGCCAGCGGUAAGAGAGAUGAGCGAAUACGAGAAAAAAUUCUAUACGAAACGAGAAGAGUUAUGUGUCGAAAAAGAAUGUUUGUUGUGGGGGUACCGCAUAGUGGUUCCAGAUACAGUGAAAAACAGCGUAUUAAGUGAGUUGCACGCCUCACAUUUUGGGGUGGUAAAAAUGAAAAUGUUGGCAAGAAGUUACGUGUGGUGGCCGAAUAUAAACAAAGACAUCGAAAAGGUCGCGGCAGAAUGUAAAGUGUGUGUACAAGAGCGAAAGAAACCAAGUAAUGUUCCACUAAAUCCGUGGCCGUACCCGGAUCAUUGUUGGAGCAGAAUACACAUUGAUUUUUUGGGUCCAUUCCACGGACAUACGUUUAUGAUAAUUAUAGAUGCUCAUUCAAAGUGGGCGGAAGUUGUCGACAUGAAUAAAUGCACAACGGUACCGAGAGUUAUUGAAGAGUUUAAAAAAGUUUUAGUCAGAUUCGGAUUACCAAGCAUUUAG